GCUGAUGCAUCUUCGAACGCCAGAAGCCAGCUUCCACCUCUAGCACCUCGAGGCCAGCAGCCUGUUCCUGCUACUUCUGCUAAUACAGACAUCGAAUCUGCUGGCGGUAGUACUUCCUCAGCGCGACCGAGACUAUCGCACCGCUCGAGGGCUGGCUGCUGCNCCUGCACUCGUCUGAAUAAAGAAUGCGACUGGGAGUUCCGCUGGAAGUUCGACGAUGUCACCCAAAACACUCAAAACAAGUACUCCAAUGUAUCAACAACAGGCAAUGCUGUCUGGGAUCCACCUCGUACGACAAUGAACAACAGAAGAUCGCAAUCACCUGCUUACGAUGCCCUCCCCUCUUUUGCUGACUUGACAAAUGACGAGGAUCGUGAGAAGAAAGCCGAAGGGCAAGUGCCCGGUACUUUCAACGUCGUCGUCAACCCUGAGAGUUUCGCUGGCCUCCCGGAGUAUGGCCCCAUCUCUGGACCACGGACACGGAGAUCUAGUCUUCAGUCUGGCCGCAACAGCUGGGACAGCCAGAUGUCGACAGAAGUACCACGGGCUAGGCCAAGGAGGAAUCCUGCUAGCGGUGACCCAAAUACCGUAGUGCUGGCCAAGUUUGAGGACGCUCCAUUAUCUUUGCCGAGUCUGGCGAGCUUCCCUGUUGGUAGAAGAACCAGUCUACCAGAGAACCUACAGUCACUAAACAUAUCUGGAGGAUCGCGAGGAUCCAGCAUGCCAUCCGGACGGCGCAAUGACUCAGUCACUCAGGGGCUUCGAGACGAGAGGCUCAUGGUUCAUUAUCGAGGCUUCAUCUCGAAGCGCAUCUUUCCCAUUGGCAAGAGUGUGCUCGUCGACAGACCGAUGCAGGAGGACCCCAUUGUUGCUGAAGCUAGAGACUUUCCUCCUCUCUAUCAUGCUAUAUGCGCAGUCUCAUUGCUCAGUCUGGCACUCAAGGGUCAGCAACAACUCUUGACAGAAGCCUUCCAGCACUACCACCAAGCUAUAUCCUCCAGCUUAUCCUCGCCAUCCGACCUACACUCCGACCGACUUCUAUAUCUUCACUUCCUAUUACUGGUCUACGACAUCAGCUACGCAACACAAGGCUCAAGCAACACACAAGAAGUUUUUAACAUGAACAUGUGGGAACACCACAUCCAGCACCUAAUUCGGAUAGCUCAACAUCGUAAAGGACAAUCGAACGGAGUCUUGCAAGCAUAUCUCUUAUGGUAUGUGCUUUACUUCGACAAACAAGCUUGCCUGUCAGGAAACGGCAACGGGCACUUCGUUCGUGCCUUCCUAACAAACGAAUUGACGAUGCCUAACUGGAACCGCAUCUUCUCAGGCUACGACAUCGUACAAUCGGCCGGAGGCUACCAGGGCGAAGACACGAGUGCUCAUACUGAUGUCUUUAAGUUCGCCCACCAAGUAUGCAUACAAGGUGCCAAGCUGUGCCAGUUGCAACUCAAACUGCGCGCUGAGGCUACGGCACAAAAUCUGCGUGGUCCGCAAGGUAGCCAGGUACUAGCCGCAUGUACACAGAUGGUCGCUCAAUUGCAAAGCGAGCUGUACGCAUCAUGGCACCGCUACUGCCCGUCCUAUCUCUUCCAGCCAAACUCCGAUUAUGCGACAGGUCAACUUCCCGUCAUCGCCCGCAUAUUCCUAGACUUUGCACAACUACAAUUCAGCACUUGGAUCGUCUACUCGAACAGCUCGCUCUACCCCACCCAGCCUUUCCAUCUGAACCCCAACCAACGCUCCGAAACCCGUCUCCACAGCUUGAAAAUCCUCUCCAUCGCCGACGCCGCCGUCGCACUUCAGAACUACGAUCAACAUCAACUCGUAUUCCCAGUGUUCAUCGCAGGCUUCGCGAGCCUGGACAUGGAGACUCAAUCGCGAGCCCUCGCGCUGCUGAGGGUGAUGGAAGGAACGGGUAUAUCGAGGAACGCAACGAGGAGUAGGGAACUGCUGAGUAUGGUAUUCGACGAGCAGAGGGCGACGGUGCUGCGUGGAGGGAGGGCGGAAGAGGUGGAUUGGAUUGAUGUCGCAAAGUCGAAGGGUAUGGGUGUCGUCAACUUUGGACUC